AUGGCUUCGUCCUCUUCUUCAACGCUAUGUAUGUUGCUGUACGCUGAGCUGCUAGCUAAUAUCCGACAGAUACGUCUCUUCGUCACCACCAAAGGUCCGACCGAGAACGACUCCCGACCGGUGCUUUCUCUUGAUAGCUCGCGCUCUGUUGUGACAGUAUCGCAUUUCGAAAAGACCCUUACGCUCAAGCUCCCUUGCCAUAUAUCUACCCGAGCCAGGGAUUACCUGACGGCCAGCCCGGCCACUUCGCACGGCGGAGAGAAUGAAUACUCCUUUCGUCUUCCCAUAGACGAAGCAGGUACCACCACACAUGGCGUUUCUAGCCGUGAUUAUACGUCAAUGAGCCCUUGGCCAGCAAAGAGUAUGACCUCGCAGACAUGCAUUUGUUGCCGCGAUUGCUUAAAUAUAUUAUUUGACCCAAGAGAGGGCCAAGAUAUUGUGUGGAAAGAUCUCCCCAGUGCAGACUGGGCUGAAAUGAUGGACCUAUGGCAUUGUCAUAAACCUGACCCGAUACCCGCCAAUAAUGGAGGUGUGGACUCUACAGACCCCAAUGGGCAUACCAAGGGAUAUGGUGCUUCGAACAGAGUCGUUUGCAACCCUGGGACCAUCUUUGUCAACGUUACUUCGUUUAUUAUGACCGAAAGCGACUGUCGUGGAGCGAAAAUUAUGGCAAGGGGGGUAAAAUUCCGCAGAUAUCGGUCGUCUAGACGUAUUCCAUGCAUUGAACUUAGCCAGAGACCCGUUGGCCAAUUUGAGAUACGGUCUAAGAUACAUGGAUGCAAGACUGCACUAACUGUGGUCAUGGUGGCAAAUUAUUCUCUUUACAAUGCAAAUCCCGGGGCCCCCUGCGACCACGGAACUGAUUCCUCUUCAGUACUUCCCGUGUCAAAUCUUUGUUGUAAGUCCUGCGGUUCAACCAUAGGCGAAGUUCAAAAACACCUCCAGGGAGUUGAGCUAUUCAAAGCUAGUGUUUCCGUAUCGCAUGAAGCAGGCUGCGCGACAGCCACUCGUAUGGACAGGGAUGUACUGGAAACUUAUCCGCCCGAGAUGAUCGUGGGAUUUCAACUCCUUGAAUGUGUGGAGCGUUCAGGUGCAAGGAGGUUUGCAAUACACUGUGAAGCUAAGGAUAAUCAGCAAAAGGAUGGACUAUUGGCAUGGGUCUUCAACACUGAUUUGCGUUACUCCUUCCACGAUACCUCCGGUGGCAGCCGCUCUGUAUCUUCCAGUUGUGCAUUGAAAGUGUUCUACCAACAUGUUGCCAACGUGCAACCCCUGGUAAACCCAGAACUGGGAAUGCCAUCUGUCACAUCCUUGGAAGAACUACGUCUCCCGCUCCACAUAUAUAGCCGCAUAAAAGCUGUGCUGGAGAGGAGCACAGAUCUAUUGCCUCCAUCGGGCAGGAAGUUCGGGGAAUGGGAGAUCGGACUCAUUGACCUCGAAUCAGCCUGA